UCGGCACACCAUCCUCCAGGGCCGCUGUAGUUCGCGGGAAACCGGCCGUAAUCUGGAUACAAUAAACAUAAUUGUACUGGAGAUUAAACAACCUCUUUUGAUACGACGUCAAUGUGUUUAGUACGUUUUAAAUAGUCACGGUUACAAACGGCGUUGUGACACAGCUCAAAAUCGCCGUCUUUGCAGGACCACUGCCCUGGCUGCUAUGCUAACAUCCGACGCUCGUUAGCUAGGUUAUCACAUUGGCUAACAGGAGCACUGCUGCAUGCGACUGGACAGAGAAAAAAUACUGCUGACAAGAAAGAGACAAAGGACAGCGGUUGUCAGUCACGAAAUAUAAUGUUAAAAUGAGCUUGUUCAAUCUCGACCGUUUUCGUUUCGAGAAGAAGGCAGCGACGGCAACGGACAAAGACCAGGAUAGCGGCUCCAAAAGUCCAGAAUCUGAGAAGGAGAACAAGCCAGCUCAGAUGAAUCCAGUCAAAACUCCAUCAAAGUCUCAUGCACGAGGAGUGGUUUUUGAGGAAGUCAUUACUAUUGAUUUAGAGGAGGACGAAGGCCUCUCUGAACCAAAGACCAAAAUAACAUCAACUAUGAAAUCCAAGAAUUCCACAGAGAAAUCAUCCGAAAUUGUGCCAUUGGAUAAUACGGAUGAUGAGGACAACGAAUUGGAUGCAAAAAUUAACAAACUCCUGGAGAUAUUUCCUCAUUUGACAAGGCCACAGCUAGUAGAGGUCAUUGGAAGCACAACCACAAUGGAUCAAGCCAUAUCUAUCUGCCUUCUGAGGUUUGGUGAUGAGGAAACCACAAAUCAAGGCAAGAAGAGAAAGUUAGAUGGAUCCAGCAGUUCUCAAGGCAGUGGUGACAGUCAACCCAGCAAGAAGAAGAAACCAUCAAUAGUAGUACUCUCUGAUGAUGAAAGUAAAGACGGUAAAGAGCCAAGCUGGGAGAAGCAGGAGGCCAUGGUGAGAAAACUGCAGAAAAAGUUUCCUGACCAGGACAAAGAGGAGCUGCGGCUGGUGCUGCAGGAACACGACUGGAAUGUUGAGGACGCCCUGCAGGUUCUGCAGAUGUUCUCAGACCCAGAUAAUACCAGCUUCAGCUCACCUGAGUCAGAAGAAAAGAAAUCCAGGAAAUCAAAGAGCAAAGACAAGUCAAGCAGGGACCACAAAGAGUUGAAGCACCCCAAAGAUCGUGCAGAGAGUAAAAGUGAUCGUAAGGAUUCUAAAGACCACAGAACUGUUACUGAAACAAAGGGAGACAGUACAGAUGAUACAGAAGCUACAAAGGACAGUGAAGACUCUUCAGACUCAGAUGACAACAGAGGUUCCAAACAAAGAAUUAGCGCAUGGCCUAAACGUUCAGAUUCAGUGUCAUCAUCCUCCUCUGUCAAGGAAACAACUACCUCCUCCUCAUUGAAGUCACCCUCCUCUUCCUCUGCUGCCCAGAUGCUGUCCAGAUUUGCCAGUGGGACCAGUAUAGCUAAGAAGCAGGCAGCAGAGAGAAAGAGAAAGGCACGUGCCUCAGAUGAACAUGUCAGCUCUGAGGGGGACAGUGAUGAUGAAGAGGACACAGUUAGCAGCGAGUUUGAGGACUCUGAUGAUGAGCUGGACUGUAAUAGCGGCAUGACAGAAAUCAAGAAGGAGAUACUCACCUUCUUCCAGGAUGCCUCUAUAGAUGAGCUGUCGCUGAUCGCUGGGUGUUCUGUUAAGAAGGCCCAGAAAAUUGUGGAACUGAGACCCUAUGAUAGCUGGAAAAGCCUGGUCGCAGUCUUUCAUAAGGAAAAUGGACUCUCAGAGAACCUACUGCUGGGCUGCAAACUAGUCCUCAAAGAGCGGAAGGUUGUCCUGGGGCUCAUGUCCAAAUGUGAGACCAUUUCCUCAAAAAUGGUAAAGCAGGUCACUGUAGUGACGGAGAAGGGCACAGGGACCCUGAAGCAGCCCAAAGUACUCAACCACCAGUUCCAACUGAAACCCUAUCAGCUGAUUGGUCUAAAGUGGCUGCUGCUUCUGCAUGAGCACAAGUUGAGUGGUAUCCUCGCUGAUGAAAUGGGUUUGGGGAAAACUAUCCAGGCCAUAGCGUUUCUGGCCCAGCUCUACCAGAAUGGAAUAGAGGGUCCUCAUCUCAUCACUGUGCCAUCCUCUACACUGGAUAACUGGGUCAGAGAGCUGAAGCUGUGGUGUCCAAGUCUCAAAGUUUUAGUCUAUUAUGGAUCUGUGGAGGACCGUCGCUACCUCAGACACGAUAUCCUCACUGAAAAUGUUGACUUCAACGUCAUAGUCACCACGUACAACUUGGCCAUAGGGAAUGAUUAUGAUCGCAGCCUUUUCCGCAAGCUGCGUCUGAUGUAUGCUGUGUUUGACGAAGGUCACAUGUUGAAGAACAUGAACGCCCUGCGCUACCGCCACCUUAUGGCUAUUAAUGCUCAGCAUCGCUUGCUGCUAACAGGAACUCCUUUACAGAACAACCUCUUAGAGCUGAUGUCUCUCCUGAACUUCAUCAUGCCUUCUAUGUUCUCCAACUCCACAACACAGCUCUCCAAAAUGUUUUCUAUGAAAUCUCAUGAGGAACAGAGCCGUUUUGAAAGGGACCGUAUUUCUCAGGCUAAACUCAUCAUGAAGCCGUUUAUCCUCAGAAGAGUCAAGAGUGAGGUCCUCAAGCAGCUGCCAGCAAAGGAAGAGAUGGUAAAGUUCUGCACAAUGAGUGAGAAACAGCAGGUUCUCUACCAGGCCGUCUUUGAAAAACUCAGGUCUUCCACCAACGGCGAGAAGCGCGAGUUGUGUAAUGUGAUGAUGCAGCUGAGGAAGAUGGCAAACCAUCCACUGCUUCAUAGACAGUACUACACCACAGAGAAGCUCAAAGCCAUGAGCAAACUCAUGCUCAAGGAGCCAACUCACUUUGAUGCAGAUGCUGUACUGAUCCAGGAGGACAUGGAAGUGAUGUCUGACUUUGAGCUACAUCGUCUGUGCCAGCAGUACUCCUCCAUCAGCUCAUACCAGCUCGAAAACAAUCUCCUGCUUGACUCUGGGAAAUUCCACUACCUCACAGAACUGCUGGAAUCUCUUAGAAACAAGGGCGACAGAGUGGUAUUAUUCAGUCAGUUCACUAUGAUGCUGGACAUUGUGGAAGUGCUGAUGAAACAUCUCAAGUAUCGUUACGUGAGACUGGAUGGAUCUACGCCCAUAGCCGACAGGAUUGUGUUGAUUGAUGAGUUCAACACGGACCCCGACAUAUUUGUGUUCUUGUUGUCGACACGAGCUGGUGGGCUGGGCAUCAACCUCACCUCAGCUAAUGUUGUCAUUCUACAUGACAUUGACUGCAAUCCCUACAAUGACAAACAGGCAGAGGACAGGUGUCACCGUGUAGGCCAGACCAAGACUGUAAGGGUGAUUAAGCUGAUUAGUAAGGACAGCAUCGAGGACUGUAUACUGCAGUUGGGCCAGAAGAAGCUGAAGCUGGAGCAGGACAUGACUACAGCUGAACAGGGUGGUGAGGGAACCAUACCUGAAGAUAUGGCAUCUUUGCUCAAAGCUUCACUGGGAAUGUGAUACACAGACUCAAGAAACUUGACUGUACAAAUACAUUUUCGAUGGCAUUCCUGUGAUCCUGGGCAGACUUCAGUGUUCUGACUGAACAAACCACUUUUGCGUCUACACCGUAAAACUACUGAGAACCAUAUGCUGCCACGAAAGAACGUUGUGAUAUUGAGAUCUGAUUGACUGUGUAGCUAGCUGUGCCUAAAACACUAUUUUUACAUGCACACAGUCAUUGCUCUUACUUUGUCUACGAGGCCAGUAUAUAAAGGCUAAACAAAUACGUUGCCCUUUAAAUAUUAUGCACUCCACACGUUACGCAAAGAGAUUCCGAGCUAUAGAAACUUGAAAGAAUGCGGUGUUAAGAAGUUCAGUCCAAACCGUUAUUAAUGCAGCAUGUGUUGGAGUACACCAUCAAACUUGUGAUUCUCUGAAUAUUAUGACUGAAAGUAUCAAAGUUUAGGUUCACAUAACCUGUGUGAUGUGAAUGACGCCUUGUAUUAUUUACAUUUAGAUGUGUGUACGGUAUGCUGGUAAGGACAGUGAGAAUGCUGAUAAAAUAUUCAAAAUUGUUGUAUGGGUAUUGUGAUUACAUACUGAAAUAGGUGGUGCACGGAGAAUAGUAGAUUUUCUUUUGCCAUUCUUCCUACCAGACAGUGUCACAUCUGGCCUGUCGUACUUGCCAGUUUUUCUAAAAAAAAAAAAAAAAAAAAUAUUUGUUUACAUCCAAAUAUUUUUUACUGCUACGAUCCUCAGCGCCAUUUGAACAGCAGCAAGCAAAGCAACUAUACUGAAAAUGUUACCAUUCACAUUGAUUUCCAUAGCUGCCAUUCCUGAUCAGUUGCAGUUACAUCAAAAAUUCAGCCAAGUAUCUCGAAAAUGAUAUUCUAUGUCACUGGUAGUGUAACGUUUUGAUUUUCAUCCUGAUGUCAUAUGUAAAAGGCUAACACUGUUACCAUCAGUGACAUUUUUUAGCAGAGAUAAAUUCAAAAUAUAACAUAGAAUGUCUUACAUAAAUAUGGUGCUUGAAUUGGUUUUUUUGCUGUUUUUCUUUUUUAAAUAUCUUGAGUCAGGUGACAGAAGACGAUGGUUUGAGGAAGCAGCUGCUGCAUUCAUGUACUUUAUAAGUGGCUAAUGUGUUGUCAGUGUACAAGUGUUAACUGUAAAAGCUUUUACUAGGUAAUUUGUAUGUUUUUUAGGUUCCCGUUUGAACUAAAUAAUAAAUAUUGGAAUAAAUA